AAAACCCUAACCUAGAUUUGUUUCUCUCCGCUUUCUGACUGCUCGAUUAGCCAGUCAUUACAUAGCUUAGCUUGUGUCUCACCGAACCUUUUUGCUUCAGUUUCGAGCAGAUAGAUAGAGUCAGUGACCAUGUCUUGGGCUGGUCCUGAAGAUAUAUUCCUUUCAACUUCACUCGCCAGUUAUCUCGAUAGAAAGAUACUAGUGCUCCUUAGAGAUGGUAGAAAGCUUAUGGGAACACUCCGUUCUUUUGAUCAAUUCGCCAAUGCGGUUUUAGAAGGUGCGUGUGAGAGGGUAAUUGUUGGUGAGCAAUACUGUGACAUUCCUUUAGGCCUUUAUGUAAUCCGUGGAGAGAAUGUUGUUCUUAUUGGUGACCUUGACACGGAGAGAGAGGAGCUUCCUCCACAUAUGAUUCGCGUCUCAGAGACAGAGAUUAAAAGGGCCCAAAAAGUUGAGAGGGAAGCGAGUGAGCUGAUGGGAACAAUGAGGAAGAGAAUGGAGUUUCUUGAUUUUGAUUAAGCCUGGAUUGUAUCCCUAAUGGCUAGCAAGUUUUAUGAGGAGCUUUUUUGGUAUGUGUAUGGAGGAGAGAUAUGUUGAUUUAGGGGACACUGAUGUAGGUCUCAUUUUUCAUUUUGGAAGAAUAUGACAGAAUAAUAAUCUGUGUUACUUCUUGUUUGAGGAUCUUAUCUUACAUUUUUACUAAACAUGGAAUAAGUUUGAAAAUGUUUUAAUUUAUAAAUGUUUUACUGUAGGCCUUUGGUUAAAAAAAGAUUACUUUGAUGUCAGGCAACA